GGUGACAGCGCUACAGGAAAAAACGUGCAGAGCUUAUUUUGAUAUAAUUUUUGCAGGUUGAAAACUUUUUACUCUGAAGAAAUAUACAACAUGACGAAGAAUAAAAAUUCUGAAUUAAAAACUAAUGUUGCGGAUAAAGGUGUAUUAGAGAAAAGCAAGAAAAUAAAAAAGAAUAAUAAGAAAAUUCUUAAUGAUAAGAAGUUGGCUCAAGCCGUUGAUAAAAAUGGAAAGGAUGUUGCAAAAAAAUCGACCAGUUUCCCGAAUGGAAAUAUUAAUACAGCAAGUGCAGCCAAACCUAAAAAGCAAAAGAAAAGUAAGAAAAAUUUAGACAAUGUAAAUAGGGAUGCUUCUGUAGAGGCUAUUUCUGGGCAAUCAGUUGAUAAAAUUGAGAAAAAGAAAGCAAAAAAAUUGGCUAAGAAGUUGAAGAAACAAGAAAAGAAGGAGGCAAAAAAAUCCGAGGGAAUAUCUAAAGGCGAUGGAAAUAAGAGUGAUGGGCAAGUUGCAGAUGUAUCAAAAUCAAAGCAAAAGAUUAAAAAUUCUGAUAAACAAAAACCCAAUGAAUCAAAGGAACGAGAUCCGAUUAAAGAAGCAGCAACAGUUUUUGUUGGAAACCUGCCAGUAAAUACUAAACGCGUUCAAUUGCUUCGCCUUUUCAAAGAGUACGCACCCGUAAAUGGGAUACGCUUUAGAACAUCUAAUGGAAAAGUCUUAUUUAAACAUAAACACCGAAAAGAGGCAGGCACUCUGAAUGCGUGGGUGGUUCUCAAUGAUGCCGAGACUGCAACACGAGCAUUAAACUUAAAUGGCACCGUUUUCAAAAAUAACCACUUGCGCAUAACACGUGCAGAUGCAAAGAAUGAUUACAUGGAUGUUAAACGUACAAUUUUGGUUGGAAACCUAAAAUACAGUGCAAACGAAGAGAAGCUGCGGGAAAUAUUUUCCAGCUGCGGUGAAAUCGACUAUGUCCGUUGUUUGCGUAGUGAGAAAGGGUGUAAAGGUGUAGCUUAUGUUUGCUUUAAAUCCCCUGAAGCUGUAGGAUUAGCAUUAGAGCUCAAUGAAACUAUACUAGAUGAACGCCCUAUCCAUGUAGAAAGAUAUUCUGCUAAAAAACUAAGUGAAAAGAAACCACAAGAUACAUCAGAAGACACAAAAAAGAAAGAGCUUGUUAAGAAAAAUCAAAAAAACAAGGUCAGAAAAAAUGCAAAAGAAGGUAAUUUACCUAAAAAGCCAAGUACUACUACUGCUACCAGUAGUAAGCCCAAGUAUCGAGGUGUCAAAGUAGAUGGCAUUAAGAAACAAAAAAAGAAGGUGACGAGUAAAAUGCAAAAAUUAGCAAACAAAAUAGCACCGAAGGAGAAAAAUUAA